AUGCUACGAUCAAUCUACCUGUUUGUUGGUGUAUUAUCAUACCAUGUGCCCUAUGUGUAUCCAUUAAGUUCUAGCAUAUCACAUUUUCGAUUCGAUGAAGAAGCUCGAUCUGCCCUUUGCCCAUUUGUUGGUACUGAAGGAAUGAUUUGGUUUAAUGGUACUUCAAUAAAACCCUCCGGUAGGAACUUGGAUCCAGAUCACAUGAAGUUACCCCGUGGUGUAGGCAUCAGUAUUGAUCGAAGUACUGGCCGGUUAAUGGCUCUAGCAGCAAACUUAACAUAUUCACCUGAAGGCAUUCGUACGUGGACCGAUGGCCAUACUGGCACUAUGUUUGACAUAUUUAACGAAGCAACACAUGGGCCAGCUAGUAGAGUAGUCGCCGCUUAUAACGCAGCGCGUGUUCACAUUUUUCACAAUGCGACACAGUUAAGUGCAGCAUGGCGGCAAACAUUUGCUGAUGGCAGAGUUCGUGGUGGAGAAUUAGCUCGCCCACCCGACAUGCUUGCAUAUGUCUCUAGGUGA